UGACCGUGCCGCAGCGCACAAUAGGCGGGGAGGGAAAGCGGAGGGAAGAGAGGGGUGUCAGGUGGCGGCGCGCGCGAACGGUGAAGCGGGAGGCGGAGUGUCACGUGACGGCGGUGACCACCGCUCCAAGAGCGCGACGAUACCGGCACCGGCAAGCGACCCUGACCCUGCCGGGGGCACCGCUGUGGCCGGGAUAUGUUGAAAAGAACUUCAUUGAAGAAAAUAUUUUUCUUAAUACCCAGUUUGACAUGUUUGUGCCUUGCCAAUUGUAUAUUAUGUGGGACAAAUUAAAUAAGUAGUCAGAAGGGAUAAUUACUUGGUCUGCUCAAAAAGCAAUGUCAUCUUACAUGUAGAAAAGUCAUGACCCACAGCAGCAUCAUGGUGGAUGUAGGCAAGUGGCCAAUAUUUACCUUACUGUCACCUCAAGAAAUAGCGUCUAUUCGGAAAGCAUGUGUGUUUGGUACGUCAGCCAAUGAAGCAAUAUACAUAACGCACAAUGAUGAGGUAUUUGUUUUUGGACUGAACUGCAGUAAUUGUUUAGGAACUGGAGAUAAUCAGAGCACAAUAGUACCAAAGAAAUUAGAAGCCUUAUGUGGAAAGAAGAUUUCCAGUCUCAGUUAUGGAAGUGGACCCCAUGUUGUACUUUGCACUGAAGAUGGUGAAGUGUAUGCUUGGGGACAUAAUGGUUACAGCCAGCUCGGGAAUGGCACAACCAAUCAGGGCAUUACUCCCAUUCAAGUUUGCACAAAUCUGUUAAUAAAGAAAGUAGUGGAAGUAGCUUGUGGCUCUCAUCAUUCCAUGGCGCUGUCGUUUGAUGGGGAUCUGUAUGCCUGGGGCUAUAAUAACUGUGGUCAAGUUGGAUCUGGAUCUACAGCAAACCAACCAACUCCUCGUCGAGUUUCAAACUGUUUACAGGGUAAAAUGGUCGUUGGCAUUGCUUGUGGUCAAACUUCCUCCAUGGCUGUAGUAAACAACGGUGAGGUUUAUGGCUGGGGUUACAAUGGUAAUGGUCAGCUUGGUCUUGGAAACAAUGCCAAUCAGCUAACACCCUGCAGAGUGGCAGCGUUACAUGGGGUGUGUAUACUCCAGAUUGCCUGUGGCUACGCACACACACUAGCACUAACAGAUGAGGGUUUGCUCUAUGCCUGGGGAGCUAACACUUAUGGGCAGCUGGGAACUGGCAAUAAAAGUAACCAGCUAAGCCCCAUGCAGAUCAUGAUGGAAAAAGAAAGGGUUGUGGAGAUCGCAGCCUGCCACUCUGCCCACACGUCAGCUGCCAAGACCCAGAGUGGCCAGGUGUACAUGUGGGGCCAAUGCCGUGGGCAAUCCGUGAUCUUUCCCCAUCUCACUCACUUUGCCUGCACUGAUGAUGUGUUUGCUUGCUUUGCUACCCCUGCCGUUAUGUGGCGUCUUCUGUCAGUAGAGCAUGAAGACUUUUUAACAGUAGCAGAAUCCCUGAAGAAAGAGUUUGACAGCCCAGAAACGUCAGACCUAAAGUUCCGUGUGGAUGGAAAAUACAUCCAUGUCCACAAAGCUGUUCUGAAAAUCAGGUGUGAACACUUCAGAACCAUGUUCCAGUCAUACUGGAAUGAGGAUAUGAAGGAAGUGAUAGAAAUAGACCAAUUUUCUUACCCUGUGUAUCGUGCCUUUCUUGAGUACUUAUAUACAGACAGUGUUGACCUUCCGCCUGAAGAUGCAAUAGGACUUCUGGAUUUGGCUACUUCAUACUGUGAAAAUAGACUGAAAAAACUUUGUCAACACAUUAUCAAGAGAGGAAUUACUGUGGAAAAUGCAUUUUCAUUGCUCUCUGCUGCUGUCAGAUAUGAUGCAGAGGACUUAGAAGAGUUCUGCUUUAAGUUUUGUGUCAAUCACUUGACAGAAGUGACACAAACUACUGCAUUUUGGCAAAUGGAUGGUCCCCUGCUAAAAGAGUUCAUCGCUAAAGCCAGUAAAUGUGGAGCCUUCAAGAACUGAAAGUUCCAGAUGUCUGCAGGGUUUUUGCAGUAACAACAGGACAUCAUAACCGUACUGGUAAAAGCAAGUGUUACCUGGUCUCUUGACGUGAAGAAAUCAAGGACUCCUUUCAGUUUCCCAUGUUUUGCAAGUAUCCAGGCACAGAGCCGGGACAGCUGACCCAGACUGGCCCAUGGAAUGUUCCGUACUGUAACAUUGUGCUCGGUAUAGAAAUGGGAAUGUGGCCAGGGGUAGGCAACCCAGGUUCUGUGUUCAAUGUUCCACUCGCUGUGAUCUCUGCACUCGCUGCUGUUGCUGUGCUCGCUGGAAUCGCUGCUUGGUACAGGCUAAUCAUCAGGCGGUGAGAAGUUGUUUUAAUAUUCUUUUAUAUAUGUAUAAUUAUCAUUAUUCUUCUUUUAUCGUUUUAUUAAAAGUGUCUUCAUCUCAACUGACAAGUUUUCCUUUUCAUUUCCAGUUCUUGUCCCCAUCCAACCGGAGGGCAGGGGCAAGGGGUAAGAGAGCAGCUAAGGGAGGGCUAAAGUACAUUAGUACGAUGCUCAAAGAAGGGGGCAAAAUAGUAUAUCCUCACAACCUAUGCAAGUGCCUUGGAAGAAAGGGGUAGCUAGCAAAUCUAACUGGAAUUAAAUCUCUAUAUUUGGGUAUACCUUAAUGUAAGUUGUAAUUUGCACUCUGAGUAAUCUAUUCAAGCGAUAUUUAUAAUGAUUAAUGGGAAAAAAUCCCUCUCUUGUGACUUCAGAUGACAUUGGCUCUCUUAUAGGGGAAGAGAAAUGCUGUUGUGAAAGUGUGGGGCCGGUUGCAUUUAAGUGUUGUAUAAAUUUAAACUACAUGCAAUAAAAUGCACUGUUUAGUACCUGUUCACUAGUGAACUUCACUAGUGACCUUAUCACUGUCCACAGCUGCCUGAAAGGAGAUUAUGGAGAGGUGGGUGUUGGUCUCUUCACCCAGGUGAUAGGAUGAGAGGGAGUGGCCUCAAGCUGCACCAGGGAGCUUCAGUUGGGAUGUUAGGAACCUAAACCUCUUCACUGAAAGGGUCAUCAGGCACUGGCACAGGCUGCAAGGAAGGUGGUUAAGUUGCUCUUCCUGGGUGUGUUUGAAAGACAGGUAGAUGAUGUGCUUAGAGAGGUGAUUUAGUGGUGGACAGGUACGGUUGGACUUGAUGAUUUCUAGGGGUCUUCUCCAACCUGGGGAUUCUGUGAUUCACGAUUCUAAGAUUCUCUGGACUUUGUCCUGGUUUCAGCUGGGAUAGAGUUAAUUUUCUUUGUAGUAGGUGUGUGUGUAGUGCUGUAUUUUGGAGUGAGGAUGAGAAUAAUGUCAGUAACACUGAUCUCAUAGUUGCUGCUGAGCACUGCUCACCCUAAGCCAUGGCCUUUCCAGCUUCCCAGUGCCCUGCCAGUGAUAGGCUGGGGAUGGACGAGGAGCUGUCCUGGCUGUGUCCCCUCCCAGCCAACCACAGGCGUGUUCUGUACCAUGUGAAGUCUUUUUAACAAUAGAACAUGGGGGAGUUGGCCGAGUGGCAGCAGCUGCUGCUCAGGAACUGGCUGGGCAUCCGUCAGCAAGUGGUGAGCAGUUGAGUU